AUGGAAUCAAUGAAGCUCUUGUUCCUACUCUUACUAGCCAUGGUUCUUGUUCAUGCCAAUAGCAAUGAAGUGCCUAAGCUGGAGGUUAACCCACCGGACGGUGAACCUGACUCUUUUGAGCUUCCAGAAAGUGAUGAAGCAGCUUCUCAGCAAGUGAUAAGCCGUUUCCUUGCACAGGAAACACCAACCGGUCGAUGUAAAUUGACUUGUGACAAGUUCCCUAGGAUUUGUCGAGCUAAAGGGAGUGGAGGGCGAGAUUGUUGCAAGAAGAAAUGUGUUAAUGUGAUGACUGACCGGUUAAAUUGCGGGUGGUGUGGGAAUAAGUGUAAGUAUUCGGAGAUAUGUUGUAGGGGGAAUUGUGUGAACCCAAUGUUCAAUAAGAAUCAUUGUGGUCGGUGCCAUAACAGAUGCAAGAAGGGGGAGUGUUGCUCAUAUGGGCUCUGCAACUAUGCCUAG